AUGCAAAUCAUCCAGCCCGAGUACCCGCGCCAACUGGUGUCGGCGAUUCCCAACAAGAUCAGAAACCACUUUGUCGCCGCCAUUGGCGAAUUCGUCGGCACCUUUCUCUUCCUGUUCUUUGCAUUUUCGGCGACCCAGGUUGCCAACACCGCGCUCAAGGGCAAGAACGCUGCGCAGCAACAGAGCCAAGCGGCCGAUUCGCAGCACGCCAUUGCUGACAUUCCCGACACGCCGACACUCUUGUACAUUGCGCUCGCCUUUGGCUUCAGUCUUGCUGUCAAUGCCUGGGUCUUUUUCCGUAUCAGUGGAGGUCUCUUCAACCCCGCCGUGACUCUCGGCCUCGUUCUCAUCGGUGGUCUCAGACCUGUGCGUGCGGUCCUCAUAUUCCUCGCCCAGAUCCUCGGCGCCACUUCCGCGUCUGCUGUUGUCGACGCGCUGUUCCCCGGUGAGCUGCAGAUUGCCACGGCCCUUGGCGGGGGGACCAGCGUUGCGCAAGGCGUCUGGAUCGAGGCCUUUCUGACCGCUGAGCUCGUCUUCACCAUCAUAAUGCUCGCCGCCGAGAAGCACAAGGGCACGUUCCUGGCUCCGAUUGGUAUCGGCCUGUCACUCUUUAUUGCUGAAAUGACGGGCGUGUACUUUACAGGCGGCUCUCUCAACCCCGCGCGCAGUGUAGGACCUUGCAUUGUUCUGCACAGCUUCCCGAGCUACCACUGGAUUUAUUGGGUCGGACCUGGCAUCGGCAGCGUCGUUGCUGCCGGUUUCUACCACCUGAUCAACAUUCUCGAGUACGAAACGGCGAACUCGGGGCAAGACUUCAACGAAAAGGAAAUGGAUCGCUUCGUAUUUGACGAGGAGGCUGCUCAUACCGGCGCUCAUAUUGUGCGACCCGAUGCUACCGACGUUCUUGACCCCAUCGUUUCUCCGGUCGCUUCCCCUGCCGCCUCUGGUGAUGUGCAUCGUGGGCCAUGUCCAGGCGGCCUCGCUUCGCCCGCUGCCCCCAGCCUUAUUCCCAAUGGCUCCCUCAAGAAGGAUUGA